UUCCAUGGACUUCCUGCUUUUUCAGUUUGGACUUUGCACAUUUAAAUAUGAUGGUGCGGAGAACAGGCACAUAAUGAAGACCUUUAACUUCUACAUAUUUCCAAAACCACUUUCUAGAAAUUCACCUGAUGUUAAGUUUGUUUGCCAGAGUUCGAGUAUUGAUUUUCUUGCCAACCAAGGAUUUGACUUCAAUAAAGUCUUCCGAGAUGGAAUCCCAUACUUAAAUCGGGAGGAAGAAAGGCAACUUCGAGAGCAGUUAGAGGAAAAGCAUAAUCAGUCUAAUGGUACAGGAACACCGUCUUUCAUUUCGCCAAAUUCUACCAAAGGGCCCGUUGUUAUCCCAGAAGAACAUCGCAGUUUUAUUGAGAAAAUUGUGGAGAAGGUUGAAGACUUGUUAAAAGAUGAUAAUGGUAGUAUUGAACUCGAUCCGUGUACUGGGUUCCAGCGAAAACUUAUUUAUCAGACCCUGAACUGGAAAUUUCCAAAAGGAGCUCAUGUAGAAACCUUGGAGAAUGAAAAGAAAGAGAGAUAUAUUGUAAUCAGUAAGCUGGAUGAUGAUGAACGCAGAAGGAGAGAAGAGCAAAAACGAGCUAAAGAACAGGAAGAAAUGAAUGAUGCUGUGGGGUUUUCCAAAGUAAUAUACGCCAUUUCAAAAUCGGGUAAACUGGUUGUUGGACAUAACAUGCUACUUGAUGUCAUGCAUACAAUUCAUCAGUUUUUCUGUCCAUUACCCAAUGAGUUAAAUGAAUUUAAAGAAGUUACAACAAGUGUUUUUACUAGGCUUCUAGACACAAAACUCAUGGCAAGCACGCAUCCUUUUAAGGAACUGAUAAUGAACACCCCUCUUGCAGAGCUGGAAAAACGAUUAAAAGAUGCACCUUUCAGAGCUCCCAAAGUUGAAAGUGCGGAGGGUUUUCCGAGCUAUAACACUGCCUCAGAACAAUUACAUGAAGCAGGUUACGAUGCAUAUAUAACCGGCUUGUGUUUCAUCUCAAUGGCAAAUCAUCUAGGUUCAUUCCUUAGCCCUCCAGAAGUUUUUGUUCCUGCCAAAUCUAAACUGGUUGAACCUUUUAUUAACAAGCUGGUUUCUUCAGUUAAUUUGAUAGGUAUUUCUAACUUUUUUGGAUCUGAUUUGUUUGAAGAUCUGAUUUAUCUGUAUUUCACUUCAGCUGUAAACACCAGCAGGUAUGCAGAGAGUUACCGAAUCCAGACAUAUGCAGAAUACAUUGAGAAAAAGCAGGAGGAGAAACAAACCAAGCGGAAAUGGACAGAGGAAAGCUGGCAGGAAGUGGAGAGGAAGAGGCUAAAGACCCAGUAUGCCCCACAACCUUACUUUAACCAGAUGUUUGAUUUCAGCAGAACAAGUCCUCUUAUGGAAAAAAGAAGUAUGAGCCCUAUUCAGGAAGAGACAGUAUCUGAUGAAAUGGAAGGGGAUGAGGUUACAAGUAAAGAUGGUGACAGUCAUUAUUCGGCUAAUGCCUGGAUAGACUCUACAAUAUCGGAAACUAGAAAAAUCAAGAAACAGUGGCAGAAAAAGGAGGACCAUGGAAAAACUGGAAGCAGUGCAAAUUCACAGGCCACAUUGUUUGAAGUCCCAGAUACAUGGUGACAUGAAACACACAUGGGAUGAACAGUGGUAUCUUCCAGAUAAGUGACCAGAUGCAACACUUGCAAGCCAUACUGAUCCGAGAGCUCCAAUCUUCAUGUGGUACAAGACAACUUUAAAAAAAAUCUUUGUGUAGAAAGUUUUAACUGUACAAACACAAGCCAAUGUCAUAUUAAAUGUUUUACUCAGUUUAUUUUGUGUUGUUAAGAAGGAGAUGGGAUUUGACUUGCAUUUCAAAUCUUCUAUCAAUGUCGACAGUUUUAUGGGUUACAUGCAUUUCAAGCUAGUCCUGUACCACUGAUGGCUUAGAGCAGCAGCCAAUACUGGAAGUUGCCUUGUGCCAGCAACAUGAAAUGUUUAUUUCGGAUUGUAAAACAAUAUAAUCGUUGUUCAGCACUGUAAUUUUAUAUAAAUAUAUAUAUAUUAUAUAUAUAUAUACCUGUGUGUGCGCGCGCGUGUGUAUUACAUCAGCUGUAUUUCCGGUGAAUCCAAUGACUCAUUAUCAGUAAUGUGGUCUGACUUCAACGUUCAGGUCAUGUAUUUUUUUAAGGUAGUAUCAAAACAUUGUCACUGUCUUUGCAGUAAGGAUAGUGACGGUGUAUUUGAGCGAUCCUUUCAUUUGUGUUAUCUGGUGUGGACUGUACUGAGCUUUCAGCCUUGUAUGUCGAAAGAUGCAUUGUGCACCAGCCUUUAUUUGUAUGUAUGAAUGUGUGUAUGUAUGUGUGCAAAAGAGACUUGUUUACUUUUUUUGGGCAGUGGUGAGUUUUGUAUCAUAUUUAAAGUUUUUUGUAUCAUGAAGAAAAUUGAAAUUUCAUGAAGGAAAAUUAAAGACAACUUUCUUACUA